CUGCCCCGGGCCGGAGUCUCUCUCUCCGUGCGGCGGUGGGGCGGGAUUUCCGCCGCGGCCGCUGAGGGGACGGAGCGCGCUAUGGAAUCGGCGUAGGCGCGGCCCUCGGCUACCCGCGCCGGGCCCUGUGCCGGGCCCGCAGGUAUUAAAUAAAGUAUGCUGUUAUCAAUAGGAAUGCUGAUGUUGUCUGCUACUCAGAUAUACACUAUUUUGACUGUUCAGUUGUUUGCUUUCCUGAAUCUUUUACCUGUGGAGGCAGAUAUUUUAGCAUAUAAUCUUGAAAAUGGAACCCAGACCUUUGAUGAUCUACCUGCUAGAUUUGGCUACAGGCUGCCAGCAGAAGGCUUGAAGGGAUUCCUAAUAAAUUCAAAACCAGAGAAUGCAUGUGAGCCUAUAGCCCCACCUCCACUGAAAGACAACUCAUCCAGUGCUUUUAUUGUGUUAAUUCGAAGGCUUGAGUGCAACUUCGAUAUCAAGGUUUUAAAUGCACAGAGAGCUGGAUACAAGGCAGCGAUAGUUCACAAUGUUGAUUCUGAUGACCUCAUAAGCAUGGGAUCCAACGACAUUGAGGUUUUAAAGAAGAUUGACAUCCCUUCUGUCUUUAUUGGUGAGACAUCAGCUAAUUCUCUUAAAGAAGAAUUUACUUAUGAAAAGGGUGGCCAUGUUGUGUUAAUCCCGGAGUUCAGUCUUCCUUUGGAGUACUACUUAAUUCCAUUCCUAAUAAUAGUAGGGAUCUGUCUUAUUCUGAUCGUCAUAUUUAUGUCAUCUUCUGGACAAAACAUCCACCAUACACUAGACAUGCAUAUGUCGAUCACAAAAUUUGUGCAAGACAGACACAGAGCAAGAAGGAAUCGGCUUAGGAAGGAUCAGCUUAAGAAACUUUCUGUACAUAAAUUUAAGAAAGGAGAUGAAUACGAUGUAUGUGCCAUCUGUUUGGAUGAAUAUGAGGAUGGAGACAAGCUCAGAAUCCUUCCAUGCUCUCAUGCGUAUCACUGCAAGUGUGUGGACCCAUGGCUGACAAAAACAAAAAAAACAUGUCCUGUAUGUAAGCAGAAAGUGGUCCCUUCUCAGGGGGACUCUGACUCUGAAACAGACAGUAGUCAAGAGGAGAAUGAAGUAUCUGAAAAUACCCCUUUGCUUAGACCAUUAGCCUCAGUUAGUACUCAGUCAUUCGGGGCUUUGUCAGAAUCGCAUUCCCAUCAGAACAUGACUGAGUCCUCAGAAUAUGAGGAAGAUGACAAUGAAAAUAUUGAUAGCAGUGAUGCAGAAAAUGGAAUAAACGAAGAAAGUGUAGUAGUUCAACUACAGCCCAAUGACGAAAGGGAGUACAGAGUGGCAAAUACUGUUUGAGACUAUUAAUGGUGAAUAGUGUAUGAACAAAAGAGUUCUUAAGGCUAUACUUUACAAACCUUUAUGUAGGGAAUAUAUUUUAAUCUGUAAUCCAUUCAGUUUCUUCAGUAGGAGCAGCAGUUCAUGUAGUUAGUACUAUGGUUAAGUCAUUACAGAUAGAUUUAUUUUUGAUUCAGGUAUUCAGUCAUGUGUUCUGUCUUCUCAAAAUGAACAGUUUAACUGGACUUCACAAUGCUAAUGAAUAAUGUUAGUAGUUUAUAUCAAUAGAAAUAUCACACAGACUCUAAAUGUAUCUUGUUCAAAUGGGAUUUAUCUGGAAGUAACUUUUUCCCACUUUGUAGCUACAACUGGGUCAUAGAGAUAGCAAUAUUUGUUACAUGUAUGGUAUGUGUUACCCCUUAAGCCCAACAAAAAAUGUAUUUGCAUGUUUGUACAGAGUUUUCCUAAAAACUGUCACCACUACUGAAAGAAAAAUGCAGAACAGAUCAAUACUCGGUAAGCUGGUGUAUCAAAACAAAGCAGAAGAAAUUCCACUUACCUCAAAGCAGUGGUUCCAAAUAAUCCUUUGGAGUUUGCCACAGUAGCUGAGUUCAAGCAGUUCCAUUGAGCAGUUCCUAGGAUAAGGAAAUUUAGCAUAUAUUUUUAGUUUUGAGCAAUUCACAAAGUAAGGUCCACUGUAAACACUAACAAUCCCUACUUGCUACCACAAGGUAGUCUGGUUUCCAGUGGUGAUGUGGGAGUUGGGGUGGGGGGGUGGGGGGGAGUGGGUAUGACCAAAACAGAGGUUUUGUUCCACAUAGAAAAAUAAUUUUAGGUAAGUAUUGUGUUGAUCCUCAACUCAUAUACCUCUUACUAAAGAGCAUUUUAUGCUGCAUUAGUCUGCUAAACUAUGUAUAUAUAAAAAAUUCUUUUCAAAUACCCGAUUUGAAAAAAAGUGCUUAUAACUGUUUUAACAGAACUUAGUACUUACCAGUGUAUUAUGGAAAAAGUAAAUGCUAUAUAAUACCUCUGUAACUAUGUAGAAAGUAAAAACAUACACAUACUCAAAAUGCAGAGAUUUUUUUUAUAUGGCCUUGAGUAAGGAAAGCUUGAAAGAAUGUUAAUAAACAUGUUUUCCACUUUAA